UCAGUGUCUUGCUAUAAAAGCGCACUCUGCUGCAGCAGUGAGCAGUCGAGGCUUAAACCUGAGCCCUGCAUACACCUCCACACACACAUACACACACACACACACAAUAAGAGGAGAGGGAGAGCAGCCUGUCCUCCCAACACUCAGCCAUGAGUAGCAUCGGAUAUGACCCCUACUAUUCCACCUCUUCAUACCGACGGUGGUAUGUGGAAGCUCCCCCUCGUGUGGUGGUGACCAGAGGGAGGACCCACUCCGUCUACUCUUCCCACGCCUCCCCGUUGUCCUCUUCCCGUCUGCAGUACUCUUCUCCCAGCCGGGUGCUGCUCUCCUCCUCCUCACCACCAGCCUCUUCGUUGGAGCUGGAGCUCAGCCAGGCAGCCCAGAUCAGCUCAGAGUUCCGCACCGUACGCACCCAGGAGCGCUCCCAGCUGCAGGAUCUCAACGACCGAUUUGCCGGCUUCAUUGAGAGAGUGCGUGAACUGGAGCAGCAGAAUCGUGCUUUGGAGGCAGAGCUGCUGCUGCUGAGGCAGAGGCACACCGAACCGUCCCGCCUGAGAGCACUGUAUGAGCAAGAGGCCCGGUCCUUGAGAGCCGCCGUAGAUGAGGCCAGAGCAGAACAGCAGGCUGUGCUCAGCCAGAGGGAGCGACUGGAGCAGACCCUGAGCGCCCUGCAAGGUCGAUAUGAGGAGGAAGUGUUGGCUCGUGAAGAAGCUGAGGGCAGGCUGAUGGAGGCCCGUCGUGAGGCUGACCAGGCUGCCUUGGCCAAAGCCGAGCUGGAAAAGAAUGUUGAAUCUCUGCUGGAAGAGCUGGCCUUCCUCAAGAGGAUUCAUGAAGGAGAGCUGGCCGAGCUGCAGGCCCAAGUCCAUCUGGGGGUCCAGGUUGCAGUCGAAUCUGAGGCCGCCGCUCCUGACCUGUCUGGGGCCCUUAGGGACAUAAGGGCCCAAUAUGAGAGGCUGGCAGCGAGGAACAUGCAGGCGGCAGAGGAGUGGUUCAGAGGGAAGGUGGGCUCUCUGACUGAAACUGUCGCCCAGCACACUGACGCCGUGAAGAGCUCCAAGGAUGAAGCAGGGGAGUACAGACGCCAGCUGCAGACCCGACUGCUGGAGAUCGAUGCAUGCAGGGGCUUCAACGAAUCCCUGGAGAAACAGCUACAUGAGAUGGAGGAGAAGCAGAGUGCUGAAAUAGCAGCAAUGCACGAUACCAUAGCAGAGCUGGAGAAUGAGCUUAGGGGCACCAAACAGGAAAUGGCUCGCUACCUUAAGGAAUACCAAGACCUUCUGAAUGUCAAAAUGGCUCUGGACAUUGAGAUUGCUGCAUACAGGAAGCUCCUGGAGGGGGAGGAGUCUCGUUUCAACGUAGGCGUGGCCGGAGGAGUGUCGUCUCUGUACGGCCACAGUUUGUCAGCGCCGUCCUUCAGCCGACCCGUUUUCUCCAGCCUGAGCUCCGGCACCUCCUACCUGGUGACAUCACGCCUGCUCAGCUCCAGUGUCAGCACCACCGAAGGGAUCAUCUCUGCCAGUCAAGCCCAGCAAGCAGAGGCCAGCCCACCUGCUGAAGAGGAAGAGGAGGAAGAGGAGGUGAAGGAGGAGGAGGAGGAGAAGGAGAAGGAAGAGGGAGGAGAGGAAGAAGCAGAAGAAGGACAGGAGGAGGAGGAGGAGAAAGAAGGUGAAGAAGGAGGAGAGGAGGAAGGAGAGAAAGAAGAGGAAGAGGAGGCUAAAGAAGGAGAUGAAGAAACUAAGGAGGAAGAGGAGGGUGGUGAUGAGGAAGAGCAAAAGGAGGAAGGAGCGGAAACAGCAGAAGACGAAGGAGAGAAAGAUGACAAAGGUGAGGAAGAGGAGGCCGAAGUGAAAGAAGAAGCACAAGAAGAAGAAGAAAAAGCACAAGGAGGUGAGGCCGACGCAAAAGAAGAAGAAAAAGAAGAAAAGGAGGAAGAACCGAAAAAGGCUGAAGAGAAAGAAGACAAAACCGAUGCCAAGAAGGAGGACAAAACCGAUGACAAAGAGGAAAAAGCUGCUCCCAAAAAAGACGACAAAGCUGAUGCCAAAAAGGAGAAAUCUGAUGAAAAAGCAGACAAACCCGCAGCUGCAGAAGUAAAGAGCAAAGAUGACACAAAGGGGAAGAAGUAAGCAACAAGCCUCAGCAAGUUUCAGUGUCCACAUACAAUCCUCAACUCGAUUUCCAGUAGAGGCUUCUCCACUAGGCUCUCCAGUCUGCUUGUUAACACGGUGCUCAAACAAAACAGUUCAAUAGCCAUUUACAGCAACAAAUCAAGGUUAUCUGCUUGCCAAUAUCCAGAUAAGUCCACGGCGGUGUUGGCCUGCUGAAUGUAACAUUAAAGGCUGAAUGUAUGUGUGUGUUUUGGUGGAUAAAUAAACACUUCUAAAAGUAA